UUCACUCCGACACAACCUUUCAUUUAAUGACUGUUUUGUAAGGGUGCCGAGAAAGGCAGAUCAACCAGGGAAGGUAAAAACAGAGAAAAUUUUAGUAAAUUUUAUAAUUAAAAAGGGUUCUUGUUGGGCAAUUCAUCCAAAAGCAAUGUGCAUGUUCGAGAAUGGAAGUUGUUUGAGGCGGCAGAAGCGCUUUAAAUUGGAUAUCCGUUCAGUAGCUAAUGGGUGUUUAGCAAAAUAUAAGAGAAACAAACGCAAAAACAUCAACAUCAACAACAAAACAAAGUUUUCUUUAAAUAAAACAAAAUUCGAGACAAACAAAACAAGCAACAAUAUUUACGAGAAUAACAACAUAAUUACAAAACAAUUAAUUUUAAUUGGACAAAUAAUUGCUUCACAAAAAGGACACCAACAUUUAUUUAAUAAUUUAGAAGAGAAUUCCUCCACAAAUUUAAUUUUAGAAAAUUCAAAAUUUAAUUUAGAAAGAAAAAUAACAACAACAACAACAACAACACCCCCUCCUCCUACUUUAUUUAAUAAUAUUAAUGCUUCCCAAUAUAAUAAUUUUUUUGUUUUUCCACAAAAAGAAGUUAAUAAUACUCAACAUUUGCCUAAUCAACUUUUAUGUUUAAGCAAUCUAAUAAAUGACAACCAAAAUAAAAGCUCUAUUCAGUCUCCUUCAUGUAAGGAUAUUUUUAAUAUUUAA